CACAAUGGCUACUUCUUAUUUGUUCCUCCUCUCACUAUUUCUCCUUUCACUCUUAUCUCCAUCAAUUGCAUUAACCAAGUCCCAUAUACCUAAACCCAACACCUUUGUUCUUCCCAUUACAAAAGACCCAAUUACCCUUCAAUACUUUACUAGUAUUAGCAUGGGUACCCCUGCAGUGUCCUUAGAUCUAGUCAUUGACAUAAGGGAACGUUUCCUAUGGUUUGAAUGUGACGAGUCUUACAAUUCCUCAACUUAUCACCCAACCCCAUGUGGUACAAAGAAAUGCAAGCAAUCUAGAGGCACAGAUUGCAUUAAUUGUACCAACCAUCCUCUUAAAACCGGAUGUACCAACAACACUUGCGGCGUCCAACCAUUCAACCCCUUUGGCGGUUUCUUCGUGAGUGGAGACGUAGGCGAGGAUAUCUUAUCCUCAGUACGUACCAUUGACAAUAGAGGCAUACUUACCAAAGUGCACGUGCCACGUUUCAUUUCUUCGUGUGUGUACCCAAAUAAAUUUGGCGUUCAGGGCUUUCUUGGAGGCCUGAGCAGAGGAAAAAAGGGAGUUUUAGGCCUCGCAAGAAGUCUUAUUUCUUUACCAACACAACUCGCGACUAGAUAUAAACUUGAUCGUAAAUUUACGCUUUGUUUACCUUCAAAUUCAAAAACUAAUGGGUUUGGGCUUGGGAGUCUCUUUGUUGGUGGGGGUCCAUAUCAUUUGGGCUCUCGUGGAAAUGAUGUUUCCAAAUUUCUUAACUACACCCCACUUGUUACUAACCGUCACAGCACCGGUCCUAUAUUUGAUAACUUUCCUUCAGUUGAGUACUUUAUUAAGGUGAAAUCAAUCAAAGUUGACAAUAGCAUUAUAAAUUUUGAUACCAAAUUACUUUCUAUCAACAAAUUAGGUAAUGGUGGUACAAAACUUAGCACCGUGAUUCCUCACACAAAAUUACACACUUUAAUAUACCAACCACUUUUAAGUGCUUUUGUGAAAAAAGCUGAAAUUAGAAAGAUAAAAAGAGUGAAAGCUGUUGCACCAUUUGAAGCAUGUUUUGAUUCAACAACAAUUAGCAAGGGUGUUACUGGGCCUAAUGUGCCUACAAUUGAUUUGGUCUUGAAGGGGGGUGUACAAUGGAGAAUCUAUGGUGCAAAUUCAAUGGUAAAGAUUAAUGAAAAUGUGUUGUGUCUUGGAUUUGUGGAAGUAGGUUUGGAUGAACUAUUAGAGGGUCCAUUGGAAACUUCAAUUGUUAUUGGUUCACAUCAAUUGGAGGAUAAUCUAUUGGAGUUUGAUCUAGUUUCCUCAAAACUUGGCUUUAGUUCAUCACUUCUACUCAACAAAGCAAGUUGUUCCCACUAGGGAUUUUAAGAUUUGACUUUGCGUCUUAUAUUCUAAACGUAAUGUAUGGAAAUAAUAAGUGUUCAGUUUACACUCAAUGUAAUAAUCUAUAUAUAUUUUUUAACGGUGUAGUAAUCAAUAUAUUUAUAUUAAUAUUUAUUUAUAUAAAAUUAAUACUAUU